UACAUGUACUCGCCUGCACAUCAAGACUGAGAGCUGCUCGUAUACGUCAGCAUUGUUCCGGGGAGUGAGCGUGGUGUGUGGUGGGAAAGUUCAUCUACUUUGCGUCAGUACAACCAUGCAGUGUACCGCGAAGGAUAUAUAGCACAACUUCCGCGAAGGUGCCAACUCUAAUACCAUUACAUCGUAUUAACCGCCGAUGACAUUAACAACCAAACAUUUUAGUGUGAAAGCUGCUGUAAAGCGGGAGUUCUUGACGGAUCGCAGCGUUGGGCAGUGCAAUCGUUGACUAUUCUUUGUGUUUGGCUUUUCGUUGACUCAAAACUACUGGAGAGCGUUACCAUGAAUGCUUGUGUGUUAAAAACCUGGUGGAUCUUACUGUGUGCUCUUGCAGCGACUGCAUUGGCGUCACCCUACGGCCGAUUUAUGGAUAAUUAUAAAGACGACCAGGAUUCAAGACGACUAUUCCGAGAAGAUGCCUUUGUUUUAAACAAGCGAGAUAGGCCCACACCCAAUUCCGUUGCAAGGCUGGCCAAGAUGCACUCGACGGUUGGUAUCGGCAAGAGAGACGUCCAAGAUGCCUUCCUCAACGAGAUGUCGAAGCUGGGCGGCGAAGAGGUGCGAAACACAGCAUCGCCUGGCCAGUCCACAGAGGUCAAUGUCGUCAAUAUUGACAAGUUUGCCAACGGUGUGUCCCAGCUGUUCGAAGUGUUUCGAACCUGUCCUCACGCCCUCCAGUACGUAAUUAACAGCGACGGCACGUGGGAAACUAACAAACUUAAAGAUCUUCUAAACACGUGCCUAAACGUCGCUGCACUGGCAAGAAGAAUGACAAACCUGUCCUGAUUUGUUUGCGAGCCUCAGGAGAGAAGAAAUCACGAACGUGCGCCUAGAGUCGAAGACUAGUACACGUAUAGCUGACAGUCAUCGGGGUGGGCGUUUCCAGUUGUGAAAUGACCACGUCCUUCAAUUUUGUUUCUAACAAAUUCGUUUUCCACCACCUUCUUUCAACUAGCCAACCUGAAUUAACACAGGACACAAUGAAUGGGUUUCUGUAGAAAUUACGCUGAACUUGUUAGCCAGCCGCGUGGGUGUCACUAAAAUAUAUAAAUUGCACGACCAAGAUCGUAAAACCGGGUUACUGUUUGAAACUAUACAGUGAAAAAGACAUUAAAAUAAAAUUAUGACUUUUUCCACAACUCUCUUGUAACAAACCGAUAACAAAAUAUAAGUGCAGGAUGUCAGGGGUCUCUUUAGGUCAAGAUAUCAUUUAGGAUAUGUUACUCUAAACUUUUCCCAAACAUAUAUAUAUUCGAAAUAUAAAAAACCUCAAAUGAUGUUAACAAAUUAUUUGAACAAGACGUUAACAGAUAUAAAUGCACCUUCAUGAUCUUACUUCAGUUUCUUGCAUAAGAUUUUCAAAUUAGACCCGACUGACGUAGAGAUUAACCAUUUCCUCACAGACGCGACUGCCAAAAAACUCUGCAUUAGACACCGAAGACUUAAGCUUUGUUAAUUUUAGGGAAUAUAACCUAUGGUUCUUUGUAAAUAUCACAAGUUUAGAUGAUAGAAGUGAUAACAGUAAAUAAGCCAAAGCGGGAAAGUUGUAGAAGAAAAUGUUUAGGCAUUGCUGGGGGUACAUGACUAUCCCAAAAAAAUUCUUUUAUGAGAUUUACUCUUGUAAACAUAGCGCGCGCAAUAAACGCUAUCUGAAUGUUUCUAUAUAACAGUUAAUAGUUGUAGUUGUUUUUCCAAAAUGGCAAACACCACAAGGAAAGCCUAACAUGUCACUUUUCAUUUUUAUGUCCAAGAAGUCUGACUGUAGUCAUUAAAACUGACAUAGGCCUACGAGCAAUUUUCGUGUCACAACUUUGAUAAUAUUCCGGUACAAAUACAUGUGGAACUUGUUUUAGACGUACAUGAUUGUAUGGUAUCUCACAAGAGAGUACCACAGGUUCUUUUUGGAAAUUAAUAGUUUAAGAAUUUUGGGGGGUGUAACAAAGUCUCUUGUCACCUUUCUGACACCUUUAAGGCGUAGUUUAAUUUCAACUUAACAGGUUAUAUUUUACUCCAAGAGCUAAUAAGAUAAUUACGUUCAUUUAUGUAUUGAAUAAGUACAAAAAAGUACAGUUCUUUGGGAAUUUGGUUCAUUUUGUGUGUUUGGUGUUAUCGGCUCAUAAUACUUUUCCGUGACACAUUGGGUUUUUAUUGCAAGAUGGGCUCAUUAUUCCAAAUUUUUCGAGAAGUAUAUAGUUUUCUUAAGUUUAUUUAUGUACUGUCAUUUUGACUGUCAAAUGCAAAAAGAACAAUUUAGCAAAGUGGGUAUACAAAAGGAAUAGUUAUUGAUUAGGAGUCCUUGGACUGGCACAACUGAAAACUUGCAACUGAUAUUUAGGGUUGGAGAGUCCUAUUCAUUUUUUACUUUUGUUUCAGUUGGUAUCUCUCUUUUAUAGAUAUAAUUCAUAAAUUAUAAAAUUAAUUUAGAGAUCAUAUAAUUAAUAUCCUUUCAAGAACGGUACUUAAUAUAGAAAGUUAAUUAUUGUCUUGCUUUUUCUUGUGUUUACCUUGUCUUAUCUUAACUGACAUACCCUGUGAAUUGCUUUUCUUGAAGGAGGGAUGGAGGCUUUGCCCAUCCGUUUCUAAUGCCGAAGUGAAGUCUCUCACCACACCUGUAUUGUAUUGUUAAGCAGUAACUAAAAGGGGCUUGUAAAACUUCAUUGCUUCUGCAACAUGGCAUAGCCAGCCCCCUCAGGACUAUGCCGUGUAAAGUACAGAGACUAAGUCAUACGUAAAACUCAUUAAGUGUCAUUUAAUGUUUUCUUUCACUGAAAAGCAUAUAUAAGACAUAUCAAUCGGCAACUCCAUGAGAAAUCGUCUAUGCCUGGCAUAUACUAUGUUUUCGAGUUAGGUUUAUUGAUAAAGAUGAUAUAAUACUUGCACUUUCCUAAAUUACAAAUGAAUAUGAUUUGAUAUUUGAUUGCUUUAUUUGAAAGUCUCUCCAACCAAAAUUAGAUAUAUAUUUCACAAACUUUACUUCAUUCUAAGAUUUAUGGCUCAGCAUUGCCUUGAGGACUUGGGAUUUCUGAAUAUAGAUGAGAGUAACAUUGAUGGCCUUGAAUCUAUUGGUUUGGACGGAACGAUGGGCCGGGGCAAUUUCCCAGGGGGGAAUGAAAUUGAAAAAGUUCGAACACCUGUGACUUGUUUGUUUAUUUGCAAUUGUUAUAUAGUAUUUAUUCUGGUCAAUUGUCCAUGAGGUCGUGUUUACGAUUGACAGAAUUACAUGAUUUCUCGUUUCCUGGACUACAUAUAUGUAUGUGUCGUAUGAUUAUUAGCCUUCGUCGUCAUUGUCUCCUUUUUGAUCCCGCACUCGGAAAUUAUGUUUAAAGAAAUUCUUAAGGUGAUGUCAGAUUGACAGUGUUUGAGGUUUUGAAGUUAUGGUACUUGUGCAGUUUUUAAGAACUGUGCAUGGUUUCAGCACGGUAAAAAAAAAAA